CGCCCAGCGCUCCUUCCGGCAAUGCUGCCAGGGCCUCGGCUUAGCGGCGCAUUCGCUGCCGUCACUUUGGGCCUUAGAUUAAGGUUUCGCUGUUACGUCCGAGCCGCCAUGGCGAAGAGCAAGUUCGAAUACGUCCGGGAUUUCGAAGCGGAGGACAAAUGUUUACCUAACUGCUGGAUCGUGGUGCGGUUGGACGGACGCUGCUUCCACCGCUUUGCUGAUCAGCAUGAUUUUAAGAAACCUAAUGAUGAUUGUGCUCUUAAUUUGAUGAACAAGUGUGCCCAAGCAGUGAUGGAAGAGAUGGGAGAAAUUGUCAUUGCCUAUGGACAAAGUGAUGAAUACAGCUUUGUUUUCAAAAAGGAUACCAACUUGUUUAAGAGAAGGGCAAGUAAGUUAAUGACUCUCGUGGUGGCCAAGUUUGCAUCCAGCUAUGUUUUCUAUUGGAAGGAUUAUUUUAAGGACAAGUCCCUUUUGUAUCCACCAGGAUUUGAUGGACGUAUUGUGUUGUAUCCCAAUGACCAAAAUCUAAAAGAUUAUCUCUGUUGGCGACAAGCUGAUUGUCAUAUCAAUAACCUCUAUAAUACGGUAUUUUGGACUCUUGUGCAGAAAAGUGGCCUGACACCAGUACAAGCCCAAGAAAGACUUAAGGGAACCCUUGCAAAUGACAAGAAUGAGAUUUUGUUUUCUGAAUUCAAUAUUAACUACAACAAAGAACCUGAAAUAUAUAGGAAAGGAACUGUUUUAAUAUGGAAGAAGGUAGAUGAGAUCAUUAAGAAAAAAAUUACAACAGGGGAAACAGAAGAGAAGGAAAUUGAACAAACCAGGAUGAGAAACAGACCAAUUCCUUUGCAUUGUGAUAUUAUUGGAAAUGAAUUUUGGGAACACAAUCCUGAAAUCUUGCUUGACAAGAGGUGACCUUUCCUAUCUGCAUUUUAGUCUGAACCUAUUGGGUAUAAUUUAUUUUACAAGGACUGCAUCAUGGUGGGGAAAAAUGUAAUCCUGUGUUUUGUAAUAGCCAUUUUACUUGAAUGAAUGAAUAAAACUCCAGGUAUUGUUCAUAAAUCAAUACUUUAUUAAAAUUACGAGUAAGCUGAUAAUAAUCUUAAACUUUACACUGGAAAAGGCAUGCCUUUAAUUUCUUCUCUGGCCCUCAAAAGAACUCUACUGCUGUAGGUCUCAUGAGAUGCUAAGUUGCCCAUUUAAAACUCUGAAAACAUUUAAACUACUCCUUCAAAUUAAAUUCUAUCAUCAGGGAGCCAAGUUACAAAUUAUCCUAGUUGCUAAUGUCUCUGGAUUAUAUGAGUGAUAAACAAAAUACCCUGGCAAGUAGCAGAAAGUAAUUAGGAAGUUUUCUCUCAAGUGUAAAUUAGUUCCGGCCUUUUUGAAAGCUAUGGAAACAUAAUUUCCCUCUGUAAUCGAACAUUUAUUAUUUGGACUCUCUCCUUGCUGCUUUUCGGAUUAUUAGACAAGGUCUCAGGUGGCCAACCAAGAGCAAUAAUGUUAUUGUAUAAGGGAGAUAGCACAGCAGGGUGUGUUUGUAGGUCAUGCUCUCAUUUUGCUGCUGCCUGGGAAACUAUCCAGUUCCUGCUGUUGAGAAUUGUGGCAACCAACUUACUGAAAGUCUUGUAUUGGGAUGUGAAGUUCAAAGAGUUGUGUUACUCUUCUGCCUUUUCAAAGGCCCAGCUGCCCAGGAGCGAAAAAGAUAGAGGUAUUGGGAACAAAUGUGAGAUUUGUGUAAAAAUCGGCCUGGCUUCUCUGGUGGCUAGGUUUUAUAUAGAACUUUUUAAGGGGAUUCUUAAUUGUUUGUUAAUUUGCUCUAAUAGGAAAUAAUUUAGAAUAAUAGAUAUUUAGCAUCAUUUUAAAGCCAUUUGAAAAAAAAAUUUUUUUUAACUAUAGUUAAGAUAAUGUUAAAAGGGUUAAAAGAAACUGGAGCAAUGUGCAUUCCAAAAAUGGUGUGCUCAGCAAUCCACAAUACUUGUAGCGAGGAUAGCAGGAAUAAUAGGCAAAGUAUUGAUAAAAGGAGGAUUUUUGUAUUCCUACUUUCCAUAAAGUGCUCCAAGUUAUUAGCAGCAACAAUAAAAAAGCAGCUGUGUUUUCAUAACACACUCAAGCAAAAACAAGCUGGCUACUUUUAGCCUAGUGACUGUAUGAACCAAUUACUAUUAGAAAUUUAGAAAAAAAAAUAGAAAAAUUUAGAAAAUAAAUUAAUUAAUUAAUUUAAAAUUAAUCCGCCACUUUCUAUAAUUCAAAACAGAACUCUGCUGGAUUUACAAACAAGUUAUUUUAAUCAAAUUUUUCAGGAUCCAAUCUGGGUCAAUCACUGGGACCAGAGGCUUUGCCUUCGGAGCUUUCAAACUCAUGCUAGAGCCCAUCUUCAGGGAACUUCUCUGUAGCAAAGUGUGUCAUAUUUUGUUACACCAGCCAUACUAAGAAUCAGAAGAUUGAAUAUACUUGGUUCACUAUCUAUUUUAAAGUAAUCAACAUAUAAGAUAUAAGCAGAAAAUGAAGCACAUUAUAGAUUUUACAGACGUAAAUAAAAAAUCCUAAUUUCAAAUGGUCUAUUCCCUUGUGUUCAUCCCUCAUAAUUCACCUUGCAGAUGUUAAUAGUUAGCCAAAACAAUUAUGAGGUAGAGUGGGGAAGGGGAUCCUAGGCACAAGAUAUUCCUUGGUGCCUACUAAUCAAGGCUGCUUUCUCCUCCCUAUUUCUGUCAGACCAGGCUAAAACUUUUACUGUAUGAUCUUAUGGGUGGUUAUUUUCUAGAAUUUGGAUUUGAUUGAGAUAAGUUUCUAUAGAAAUUGAAUAAAUAUUUCUAAAAGAUCA